AUGGCUUCUCUCCCGCCCUUUGCGCCGUUUCCAAAGGCCUCAUGGCGGCAGCACAUCUCAUCUGACGACUGGGAUGCUCUAUCGGAAGCUUGGACUGCGCUGUCGCAAGCUUAUCUGGACCUGGAAGAUGCGGCGUUCAAGCGAGCAGCUGCAGGAGAUGAGUCUCUGACGUUGUUUGUAUCGACAUUUGUAGAGGAGACGGCUACAGAGUCUGGCGCAAGGACAGCAUCACCGCGGCUGCUGAAGACGAUAUUCCGCCUCAUCUCACGGCUUCUCACAGUAUCGCCGCCGCCUGGGCUAUUAGACGUGAAAUUUUUGGCCGGGUUUGCAAAGAUAUUCCCAAAGAAGCACACGGGGCCUCUAUUUUCACAGUUAUUCGCUUCUCACGCCACUCCCAUCGAAUCCUCCUUACUGUCUCUCAAAAAGCUCCUCAUUCCACAGCUCGAUGCCGGAAGCAAAGGGGACCUAAGACUUGUCGAAGCAGAGCUGAUACGUUUAAAUCCGCUGCUACACGUUUCACCUCAUGCGUGUAUACUCCUCCUGGCUGGAUCCGACUUCUUUGACGGCCUGGUCACUUGUUUUCAGGUCAUCAAUCCUCCUCUUCGAAAAGCCAUCAUCACCACCGUCUACCUAUGUCUCAUUGGAUUGAUUGAGACUGAGCCUCCAAAGUGGUCCAUGAUUAGCGAUCAACUAUUCGCCAUUCAAGCUGCAGCGGAAGCACACAAGAAGGGAACUCUGAAUCCCAACGAUUCUCUCGCGGCAGAUCUUGUGACAAACACGCCCAUCCUCAAAGCCUUGCUCAGAAAAUUAGAAUCAUCGCCGACGGCGCCAUCCAAUCUCAAAGUCCGCAUCACAGCACUGGAAGCAUUUAAAACAGGCGUCAUUGUUCGGCCAAAGAAAUUAGUCAAGAGAAAAAUAGAUAAAGGAAAGGGGGUAGAGGCGGCUGAGGAUGUACAUGCGGAAAUGCAUAUACAUAAGAUGAGCCAAAUUACUAAUAUCCAGGAUAUCUUCCCAGACUUGGGGGCUGGAUUCAUAGCGAAAUGCUUGGAUGAGUACAACGACGACGUGGAAAAGGUCAUUGCAAGUCUGUUUGACGAAUCAUUACCGCCCCAUCUUGCUAAUGCGGAUAGGAGUGAGACACUAUCACAUACGGAGCAUGAUGCUAGACCACAUAAAGAUCUUGCGCCACACUCUACACCACCUCAACUACCCACAAGACGAAAUGUAUUCGAUGACGACGACUUUGACCGACUAAUAGUUGAUACUUCCAAGAUUUCAUUCGGCAAGAACCCAGAAAAGACUGCCGAUGACAUCCUCAAAGACAAAUCCACUGCUCCAAACAAGGCAGCUAUUUUAUCCGCCCUCGCAGCGCUCGAUCCAGAUGAUGACGAGCGAGACGACACCUACGAUGCUGCAGACGUGGGAGGCACCGUCGACACAGGAGACCAGGAAGCCAACGGUGUCAACGACAGCAACGAAGAGCUUCUCUUCCGCGCAUUCCAAGCGGACAUUAGGAUAUUCGCCAGAGACGCGGACACAAGGAGAGGCGCCACCCGCGGAAAAUUACGAGAUGAAACGGGCAUGGCUGAUGAAGCCAUCGAAGGAUGGGCAGUGAUGCUGCAGAGGAAUCCCACGCAGAUGAGGCGUCUGGAGGCCAAGUACGCCUGGAGCGGCCAACAGGCGCAACUCGAUCGCAGUGCGUGGAGAGACAGCCCCGCCGGCUCAGGUGCCGAGGAGAGUGAUCCCGACGGUGGUAACUCCAGCAACAGAGGUGGCGGCGGCGGCGGCAGAGGCGGCCGCGCGCGAGGAGGAGGUGGUCGCGGUCGUGGAGGCCGUGGCAGGGGAGGAAACGUCGCCGGGCCUUCGGGCGAAAAGGAAACAGAGGCGGCGAGGAGGAAUAAGGAGUCGCAUAAGGGAUCGAGGGCGAAUCACAAUAGGAGAGAUGCGAGGGCUAAGAAGAUGGCCCGUGGAGGAUUUGCUGGAUGA